CCCGACAUCAACACGUCGGAUCUGACACGGCCUGCCCACUGCGCAGGUCUCCUUGCGAUAGCUCAGCCUUGCUUUUCUUGCUAACACGCCAAAGUAGAUACCUCAUAGGAAUGCUGGCAUUGCCUUUUGUAACUACCUACACGUAAGCUGUCCUCAACGCAUGCUUCUGUCCUACGUCUCUCGCUAGCCGCUCUCAUUCGCCGAACGCAGAUAAGCCCUCAAAAUGGCCGUAAAACCAGACUCACUAAGGGAGUCAAGCGAGGAAGAAGGGGCCUUCUUACCGCCCAUUGACGACUCAGACGCGCUGCAACCUACCACAGGAGACAAGCCAUGGCUCCUCCUCGUUGGCCUCAUAUGCGCUCUCAUCACCUUCAUCGACAUCGGCGCAUACCUUGCCGACCCGCCCAUGACGCGCAUCUUCGAAGCGAAUCUAUGCUACAAGUACUACCUCGAGCAGGACCCCUCGGUGAUAGGAGGUGAUGGAACAAUACCGGAGGAGCUGUGCAAGGUGGAUAUAGUACAGCAGCAGCUAGCUAGCAUCUUUGGGUGGCAGGAGAUGUUCAACGCGCUCCCUGGUCUUUUAUUGGCAGUUCCUUUUGGAACACUAGCUGAUCGGGUAGGCAGAAAAUGGAUCUUUGCUGCGAGUCUGCUCGGCAUUGUGUUUAGCUAUGCAUGGAUUCUGCUGAUAUGUUAUCUCAAGAAUCUACCUCUACAGCUGACGUGGUUCUCGAGCGCCUUCAUGUUCAUUGGCGGUGGUGCGUUUGUAGCCAUGGCUAUUGGGCUAACCAUGAUUUCCGAUAUCGCACCGCCGGAAAAGCGAACAACCAUCUUUUUAUACGUGAGCGCAUGUAUUCUGGUCGCAGAAAUGACGGCACCCAUCAUGGCCGCACGGCUGAUGGAUCAUGGAGACUGGCUGCCGCUUCUACUUGCUCUGGCAUUUGAGACUGUUGGCCUCAUUAUGUCGCUCUUUAUUCCGGAGACCCUACAUUUGCGCAACCUUGAGCAACCGAAAAACAUCGAGACGCAGUCCAUUGAGUUGCAGCCGAUGACGAGUCAUUUCUCGAUUCGCUCGCAAUUGCGUAAUUUGCGGGCUACAAUCAAAUUUCUAAGCGGCGACUGGACUCUCGCCACGGUCGUCUUUACCUUUCUCGCAAAUAGGCUGGGCAGACAGUCCAUUGCGCUCUUGGUGCGCUACGCUUCCAAGCGCUACAGCUGGGAGAUUAAGAAAGCAGCAUAUCUGCUAUCAUUCCGAGCAGCUGCUAACCUCGUAUCAAUCAGCGUUGUCCUUCCUCUCGUCAACUUUGUGCUGUUGAAGAAAUUGCAUUUCCCAGCACCCCGCGCUGAUAUGUGGAUCGCGUGUGGAUCCAUUGCCCUCACCACGAUUUCCUUCUUCGCCAUGGGCGUCUCCGCGUAUCCUGCUCUAUUGGUUUUUGGUCUUCUUGUAUACAACAUGGGAUCAGGCUACAAUGCCGCUAUGCGCUCCAUCUCUAUUCAUGUUGUCGGCGGGCAAUCAAGCGCCGACAUAGGUAAGCUCAUGAGUACAAUUGCCAUGGCCGAGAGCUUUGGCGCUAUGAUUGGUGGGCCCUUACUUAACGAACUGUUUCAGUUGGGCAUAGGGUUCGGCAACGCGUGGCUGGGACUGCCCUUUUUAGCUUCUGCGGUUAUCUUCCUCUUCAUGACAUUUGUAACCUUCUCUAUCAAUGUGAAAGACAAGGAGUCCGCUUAUGAGGAGCUAAACGGCGAGGAUGAGGACAGUUUCUAUGAUGAGGGGAGGAGCUCCUUGUCAGAACGCGAGGGCGUAACUGAGCGCAGAGACUCGACGUGAUAGAUACAUUUGAAGUUAUUACUGGUUUAAAUUUUG